AUGAAACCUCAAGUUUCAGAGAAUGUUCAGGCAGAAAGGUUUGAGAAGUUUAGCAGCUUCGUGGACCGUUGCUUCAUACCUCCAUGGGACCACGUAGUGGAGUCUACCUCAAAAGAUUUCAAGUAUUUAAAUGAACUUAUUAGUGUGGGAGAUCUGUGGCAGGACCCUUCAGGAUUAAUGGAACUGAACUCAAGGCAAAAAAAAAGAUUCUCACGCUGGGUUAGGUACUUUGAACUAUGCGACCAUUUAACAUUUUUUAACUCAGUACCAACCUCAGAAAGGAUACUCCAGGGUUACGUAGGAGAUUGCUCUACAGUUUCUAGCCUCUCAAGCCUGGCAGAAUAUGAAAAUUUUUCUGGUAUUCCAGUGCUGACGGACAAGAUUAAGCUGAUAGAUUUGGAAAAAACAGCCAUUAAUUUGGUCAAUUUAGGGUACCCAGAACAGUGUAUUAAUUAUCUUGGUGGCUACAAGAUAUCAAUUGGAGUUAAGGUAUUCUUUAACGGGUGUCCGAGGUGUAUGUUUAUUGAUGACUGGGUUCCAGUUAAAAGUGACAAUACGCUACUGUGCGCACACUCUAAGGAUUAUAGCGAGCUUUGGGUGACAUUGUUUGAAAAGGCUAAUGUGAGAUUGUCGGGAAAUACCUACGCAAUAAAGGGUACAAACCCAGGAGUUGAUAUUUAUCACCUCACCGGAUGGAUACCGGAAAUCAUACAGCUCCCACCAUUUCGGUUUAAGCUGCCAAAUGAUCACUCAAACCCGUUAAUCAUGGAUGGAAUAAAGCAGAAAGUGUAUGAUUCGCCGAGCGAUAUAACAAAUAUUCAGAAGUGGGAGAGUAUCUGGGAAUCGGUCCUGUAUAACUUUAAUAAAAACUGCGUACUAUGCCUUGGAACAAACGAGUUGUACGAUGUGACAACUAAUAGUUUCUAUAUUGAAGGAAUAUCAGUGUCAUCAGGAAUAGUAAGUGGUCAUGCUUACAGCGUGCUAAAUGUUUUGGAGUUGUGUGUAUCGGGAAUGAAGCAUAAGUUGUUGUUACUAAAGAACCCUUGGGGGAAAGUGAGUUCAAAAAUCGAAAUUGAUCCUAUGAUCUUGUCAAUUUUACCCUCCAACAACAAUACUACUAAUGAUGUUGGAAUAUUCUGGAUUGAGUGGGAUAGCGUGUUAAAAUGGUUUUCACACCUCUACUUUUGCUGGAAUACUGAAAUGUUUGACUUUGUAAACAAAAUACAUUUUACGUGGGGAAGGAAUGAGCAUUUCAUAAAUUCACCAGUACCAGAAGAUUCUUAUUUGUCGAUGUUUAAUCCACAAAUAUUAGUUUCAUAUCCAAAUGAACAAGAAGGAUCGAAAACACAAGUGGUAGAUAGAAAAUCCAAAUCUCAAUUGAUGAAAUCAAGUGGUGAAGAUUAUCUGUUGAUAUAUGCAAUGUUGAUUCAAAAUAGAAGAGAGUUGGGAGAAAAAAUGAAGUACUUGGCAACUCACAUUUUCGAAGGGAAUUCCAGAAUAAUAAUACCAAAUAACCCAUUGAUAAAUGGAGUUUAUAACAACAGUGAGAUAAUACUGACCAAGUUACUAAUUAGUCCAUAUCCGUCAGCUGAUGAAAGGAGAGAACAGAUUUUAAAAUAUGGAAGAUAUCAUCAAAUAGAAAACAAGACACAUGUAGUUAAUUUAAUCAUCUUGUUAUGUUAUUACAUGAGGAAGAUGCAGGAGAAUUCAAGUUAUACACUGAUUACAUAUUCCAACAAGUCAAUCAAGUUACUUCCAUUGUCAGAACUAAGUGAGUACAGUAAUCUGGUGUAUGAUUAUAGAUGGAGUAGUUUUAAUAAUGGUAUGAACCCGAAUGAGAUUUGGUCAUUCUUUACUAACCCACAAUUUCGAUUAGAGAUUAAAAGAGAUACUAACCUAAUUAUAUUAUUGGAAACUGAUUCUGAAAUUUCAGUUAACCUGAGGUUAUUUUUUGGAAGAUUGGCAACAAUUAGGUCCUUGAGAACGAAACAGGCCAAGUCCUCAAAUGAAUAUAAACUUUAUUGUUGCUCAAUUCAUGGUUAUUUUAAGAAAGGAACAUAUACAUUAAUACCUUCAAAUUUUAAUGGAGUUGAGGCCAAUUUCAAAUUUAACUUCUUCUUCCAAGGACCACAAAAUGAUACAAUACAAAUUUAUCCAAUUCCAUAUCCAUUUAUUAAAUUGCACCAUAUGGCCAGUUUAGAACCAAAUUCCAGUACCAAGGUUGAUAGGGAAUAUAAAAUUGAUGAAACAGGUGAUCAGCUGGUGGAGAGACCAGUGUCAUAUCAUAUUUUGAACCAUUACCAUGUGACUGUAUUGAGGAUUACAAAUCAUUAUCUUGAUUUUACAGUUGAUCAAGUCACACUACUCUCAAUAAAGAUCAAAGUUAACAGCAUAAAUGAUAAUAAGUUCGUGUUAUUCUCAACUAACACAUCUUAUCCCAACUUAUCACAAAGCAUUUGUAGUGUAGGAGAUAAUUCUGGAAAUGAUAGGCAGUUGAAUUUCUGUUCUGAUGUGUGUUGUUUUUCAUGUGGAGGACCAUAUGGACAGUUUUAUCCCAUAUCGCCCAAUUUGUUCCCAGAGGAACAUGGGUUGGGUUAUAAAUUCUCCUUAUUCAGUGAUUUGAAUGGUGGAAUAUCUAAAAAUGGUAAAACGCCCUCGAAUUCAUCCCAGGUCCUAUUCACCAGGGAACUCUUGAUCACGUUUACACUCGCCAAUUUGUUCCCAAAUUCACAGUACCGUCUAGUGUCUAUUAACCAAUUCAAGUUUCAAAAGUUAUUCUUCAUUUCCAACUUUCCCAUUACCUUGAUACAAUAA